AUGCCUCGGGAGCUGAUUACAAUUCAGGUUGGUCAAUGCGGCAACCAAAUUGGGAUGGAGUUCUGGAAACAACUGUGCGCAGAGCAUGGCAUUGACCAGGAAGGUUUGCUGUUGCCCGUGGCCCAAGCAUCGGAAGACCGUAAGGAUGUCUUUUUCUACCAGGCAGAUGAUGAGCAUUAUAUACCAAGAGCACUUCUCUUCGACUUAGAGCCUCGCGUCAUCAACACAAUUCAGACCUCAGAAUAUCGUCAUCUGUACAACCCAGAAAAUUUCUUCGUUUCCAGAGACGGCGGUGGCGCUGGGAAUAAUUGGGGUAGCGGGUAUGCUCAGGCCGCCAAGGUUGAGGAGGAGUUGCUGGAGAUGAUUGACCGAGAAGCUGACGGCAGCGAAAGCCUUGAGGGUUUCGUCUUGUGCCACUCCAUUGCUGGAGGCACUGGUUCAGGCAUGGGUUCUUAUCUGCUGGAGCUGCUGGGAGACCGUUACGGCUCAAAGUUGGUGCAGAAUUUUUCGGUCUUUCCUGUCUUAGGCGAUGCCGCAAGUGACGUUGUGGUACAGCCCUACAAUGCCCUGCUUACCCUUAAGCGCCUCUGCCUCCAAAGCGAUGCUGUUGUAGUGCUUGAUAACCACGCAGUCCACCGUGUUGCAGCCGACCGCCUGCGCCUCCCUAACCCCAGCUUUCAACAGACCAAUGCCUUGAAGACGACCGUGAUGGACAUCAUGCGGCGCCUCACCCAGUCCAAGAACGUCAUGGUCUCCACAUCGCUCCGUCGUGGUCUUUAUAUGUCACUUUUAAACGUUAUCCGUGGCGAGGCAGAUCCAUUGCAGGUUCACAAGAGCUUGCAGCGCAUCCGCGAGAGGCAGCUGCUGCAAUUUAUCCGCUGGGCACCGGCGUCUCCCCAGAUCGUCUUAGCCCGAGCCUCGCCCUUCAGCCCUCAAAAGCACAAGUGCGCGGGCCUGAUGCUCGCCAACCACACGGCAAUUACAACUUACGAUCGUCUUUUCAAGCGAAAGGCUUUUCUCGACAAUUACAAACGACAACCAAUGUUCAGCAGUUCUGAUGGUCUUGGCGAUUUUUCAGAAAUGGAAGACUCCAAGGAGCAUGUACUUAGCUUGGUCGAGGAAUACAGGCAGGCGGAGACUGACGACUUUCUUAGCUUUGGUGGUGGGGCUAUUUGA